CUGUACCUGCUGUCGCAAGGUUUGCUUUGGUUCCAAAGCAAAUGGAACAGAUCCCAAGAAAUCCCCUAAGAAUCCUCAAUUAUUCCCUGCAACGUUCCAAUGUGAACUGUAUACAUUCAGCAUGACAAGAAACUGAUCAAUUUGUCUGGCAAUACCUAUUUUUCAACAUGGCCGCCUCAACUCCAAAGGUAUCCCCAUCUCCUUCAACCUCUGGAUCACCUUCAAAGUCCCAUGGGAACACCCUAGAUUUGGACCAGCCUCUGAAUUGGGAGGUGAACCAAGAGUUUGAAACGGGUGGGAUCAACAUUGGCGCUGGCGAAUCUUUCUCUAACCUUGCAGCCAAGACAGUUGCAAACAUCAAAAGACUGCAAGAAAAUGUUGGUGGGGCGGCUGCAUCCCAACCAAAUGGAGGUGUUUCUUCCGUGUGGGUGGGAAAUUACCAGUUGCCCGCUCAAUCGGAGGGGGAAAGUGCGUCUCUUGUGCAGCAAAUUGCAGUGACGUCCCCGGGACAUAUCCAUAAGGGGGCAGGGGUAGGGCCUAAAUCCAAAGCUCGUUCGUCACCCCCACUGUCGCCUCUGCCUUGCAUUUCUUCCACAUUAACUAGCACAUUCAACGCCCUCGUCACCAUUGACCCCAAUUGGCAGUCGAACAAGAAAAGUCUUAGAGAGAGAAAUGCGGUCAUGUGCAAUAACGCCCUAAUGGCGGAUACUUACUUCAACAUAGGUGGAGAGUUCGGUGCGCCCAAAAAGUUUCCUGCCCACAAGUAUAUUCUGGCUACGGGCAGUUCUGUGUUCUAUGCCAUGUUCUUCGGAGGGUUGGCCGAUGAUAAGGAUGUGAUUGAAGUACCGGAUGUGGAGCCAGUGGCGUUUCACGCCAUGUUGAAAUAUUUAUAUUGUGAUGAGAUUGCGCUGGAGAACGAUAACGUCCUUGCUACGCUAUAUUGCGCCAAAAAGUAUAUAGUGCCCCAUCUGGCGCAAGAGUGCAUCAAAUUCUUGGAGAACAGCCUCACUGCUAAAAAUGCUUGUGUGCUGUUAUCCCAGUCUCGACUUUUUGAAGAGCCCGCUCUGAUGGAGAGAAGUUGGGAGGUCAUUGAUGCUCAAGCAGCCUUGGCUCUUUUGUCAGAGUCUUUCACCGAUAUUGAUUUCGAGACACUCAAAGUAAUACUACUCAGGGAAACUCUCAACUGCAAAGAAACUGUCAUUUUCCAUGCCGCGUUAAAUUGGGCAAAGGCUGAAGCAUCGCGACGAAACGUUCCGGACACUCCUGAAAAACUGCGAGAGAUUUUGGGAUCCACCUUGAACAUGAUCCGCUUUCCCGCGAUGUCUGUCCAGGAUUUCGCCGAUGAGGUUGUAUAUUCCAAAAUUAUGACACUUGAAGAGACUACGGACCUUUUCCUACAUUUCACCGCCACAAGAUCCAAACCGAAUGCCACAAAAUUUCCAAUUUGUCCAAGGAUAGGACUUCAAAAGCAGGUGUGUCACCGCUUUCAAUCCUCAGCUUACCGAAGCAAUCAAUGGCGAUAUCGAGGACGAUGUGACUCCAUCCAGUUCUGCGUGGAUAGACGAAUCUUUAUUGUUGGGUUCGGCCUUUUUGGAUCGUCCAAUGGUUCUUCAGAUUACACGGCCAAGAUCGAAUUGAAGGCCAGUCUCGGAGGCCGCUCCGUGGCCUCUAACACGUGCAAAUUCUUCUCAGAUGGUUCUAGUAACACAUUUCAAGUAUUUUUCAACCAACCCGUCCAAGUUGAGGCUGACCGAUUCUACACAGCGUCAGUCGUUCUGGAUGGAGCAGAACUCUCUUACUUUGGACAAGAAGGGAUGAGCGAAUUCCAAGCCGGAUCCGUGACAUUUCAAUUUCAAUGUUCUUCAGAGAGCACAAAUGGCACUGGUGUUCAAGGAGGACAGAUUCCCGAAUUGCUCUUUUAUGGCCCAAGUGGCAACAACCUUCAAAUAGCACCCAGUUCUGCUUCUUAACUCACCCACCACUUUAUGCAUGUCUGAAUAUCAGUGAACUAGUUCUAAAGCGUAUCUUUAUUUGUUAAAUCUUUACCCAUGUUUCCUAUGCUAUCAUAAGAGUAGAUACAUAGAAAAAUGAUGCAAAAAUGAAUAAAGACUGUUGUAAAGGUUA